AUGAGACCCAAUUCGGCGAUACCCGCAGUGCUCGCCUGCGCAGCAACAUUGGUGCACAGUCUGUCACCUUUGAGAGAUCAAGAUACGACAGUCGUCAAGCGCCAUGGAGGCGAGACCUUUAGCGCUUACGUCUAUGCCGGUGACUUUUGGGACUGCACCUUCGAUGUGACCUGGUACUCCGCAGAAAAGAGUAUAACAGCUCAGAACCCCUCAACAAAUUGUCAAAUCGAUAGCGCCAAGUACAUCUUCUUGCCGGAAGAAGACUUUGUUCGCCCACGACGAGCGAUCACGUACUGCGCUGACGUGCAGACGCAGUCCGCAGCGGCUAUCGAGGUCUCUAGCGUCUUUGAGAGCACCAGCAUCUACAUUAGUGGCGUCAUCGAUCCUUUCACGGGUGACUGGACCGCUUGGCUUCUGUCGGCGGCCUCGCACCUCCGCGACACCUAUCUAAAUGACGAUACAGCCGCCCUCCUGCAACUUGACAACGAUUCCAUUCCGCGAUGUUACUAUGACACCAGCCGUAAUCCGAAAGGUGAAAGCACCACAGCACUCGGUCAACCUGUGGAACGAGACGUUCAGGUUUGGACAGAAAGUUGCUCGAUCGACAUCAGCGGACCAGGCGGCUCUGCUUCAUGCUCCUUCAACUGCAACUGGGACAACACUGUCUCGCAGUUCAACAAGCGCUUCACAGUGAGCGGCUGGAACCAAUGCAACUUUGUCACUGUCAAAACGCCCGUCUCGACCCUCAAUGGCUGGUACGCGGUCUUUGCUCAGUUCUCGACAGCAGACGCUAGCUUUGUUUGGACCUUCAUUCUCGAUCCUUCCAGCGGAGGCUCCCAGUCAUGGUUCCUCUCGCCUUCUUCGACCGUUGGUGGCAAGAAGGCCACCGAUGGCACGUUCAAGAUGGGCUCCUACACCCUGCCUCGCUGUGGCACGGCUGCAGCCAAAGGAGUCACAUGCUAAGGCUGUCAAAUUGUAUGCAAUACAUGCACAGGAGCUACUUAGUCGAUG